AUGCCAUUGGACUAUUCCAAAUGGAAAACAAUUGAAGUGUCGGAUGAUGAAGAUGACACUCAUCCGAAUAUCGAUACACCUUCACUAUUCCGUUGGCGUCAUCAAGCGCGCUUGGAACGUAUGGCCGAACGAAAACUGGAAAAGGAAAAACUCAUGGAGGGCAAAUCGAAUGUAGAGAAACGUAUUAUGGUAAAGUACUGUCGUAUUCUGCUUACGGAGGUCCAGGAAAAACUGAUGAAUAGUAAAUUGGAGGACAAGGAACGAAUGAAGUUAGAACUUGAGAUUGAGGAAGUAAAAAAGCAGGAAGAGGAAUAUCUAAAAAAAGAAAAAGAACUGGAAGAGAAGGAAAGACUGGAGCCAUGGAACGUGGAUACCAUCGGUCAUGAAGCUUUCAGUAAAUCGCGUAUCAACAAGAUAGGUGACAAAAAGUAUGAACCGCCCAAGUUGUCAGAGGAAGAAGAGAGUAGACGCAUGUCGGAUUUCUUCGUCAAGAAUGAUAAGUUACUGAAAGAAUUUGGAGCAAUGCAUGGGUUGGAAGAGUCGGAGAAAUUUUUGCUGGAAUAUCCUCAUUUGGCAUCUGAUUUUACGGCUAGCUGGCUUACCAUUCAGGCGCUCAAUCUUGCUAUGGAGUUUGAGGAUAAGGUGAUGCGUGUCAUGGCGGAACAAUGUAUUCUCAUCCAGUACUUGCUCGAGUUAUCGAAAAGUCUUCAUGCACUUGCGACCAACACUAAUGUCAUCAAAAACUUUUUCAAAAAGUUUCGUGCUGCCGAUCCAACUUACGCAAAAAUGUUUCAUCAGGAAGUAGAUUCUUUCUGCGACAGGCUUCGUAAAAGGGGUAGAGAUAAGCGUGACGCUGCUAUAGCUGAAUAUGAAGCAGAGGAAAAGGCGAAGCGUAUCGCUGCGUCGCCAGGUGGUUUAGACCCUCAGGAAGUUUACGAAAGCUUGCCAGAGGAAAUGAAAGCAGCUUUCGACUGCCAAGAAGUGUCGCGUCUACAGGAGGUUGCGCAAAAAAUGGAUCACGAAGUCUUCGCAUACCACUUACAACGUUGCAUUGAUUGUGGUUUGUGGAUUCCAGAUGCGAAUGCUGCUAAGGAAGAAACCUCCAAGAGGUAUUAG